CGGCUCUGACUGGGGAGCAGCCGGCGCCUCGGGGGCGGGGGCGUGGGGAAGAGAGGGGCGGUGCUUCCUGCCCGCCACCUCGCCAGCCACCGUCGCACCAUCGCCGGGGCUGCCCUCGCCACUGCGCCGCUCGCCCGCUGGGCCGGGGUGCUCCAGUCCCUGCCCUCCUACUGCGUCAUUUCUCGCCCGCCGUUGCCCCCGCCGGGCCUCCAGCGGUAGUUCCGCGCCCUCUCCUGCCCCUGCGGCAGCCCCGGGGCGCCCGUCCGCGCCGCUUCCUGAGUGAGCAGCCGCCUUGCUCGAGAGUGUUAAAUCAAAAUGGUUCAUGCUGAAGCCUUUUCUCGCCCCCUGAGUCGGAAUGAAGUUGUUGGUUUAAUUUUCCGUUUGACGAUAUUUGGUGCGGUAACUUAUUUUACCAUUAAAUGGAUGGUAGAUGCAAUUGAUCCAACCAGGAAGCAAAAAAUAGAAGCCCAGAAACAGGCAGAAAAGCUAAUGAAGCAAAUUGGGGUGAAAAAUGUCAAGCUUACUGAAUAUGAAAUGAGCAUUGCCGCACAUCUAGUAGACCCUCUUAGCAUGCAUGUAACCUGGAGUGAUAUUGCAGGUUUAGAUGAUGUCAUUACAGAUCUGAAGGACACAGUCAUUUUACCUAUCAAGAAGAAACAUUUGUUUGAGAAUUCCAGACUCUUGCAGCCACCAAAAGGAGUACUUCUCUAUGGCCCUCCAGGUUGUGGUAAAACUCUGAUUGCCAAAGCUACAGCAAAGGAAGCCGGUUGUCGAUUUAUUAAUCUCCAGCCUUCAACAUUGACUGAUAAAUGGUAUGGGGAGUCUCAGAAACUGGCUGCUGCUGUCUUCUCCCUUGCUAUAAAACUGCAACCUUCCAUCAUUUUUAUCGAUGAAAUAGAUUCCUUUCUACGAAGCCGUUCAAGUUCUGAUCAUGAAGCUACAGCUAUGAUGAAAGCUCAGUUCAUGAGUCUGUGGGAUGGUCUGGACACUGACUAUAGUUGCCAAGUGAUAGUGAUGGGAGCUACCAAUCGCCCUCAGGAUCUUGACUCUGCCAUUAUGAGAAGAAUGCCUACGAGGUUUCACAUUAACCAACCAGCUCUGAAACAGAGAGAGGCGAUUUUGAAACUGAUUUUGAAAAAUGAAAAUGUGGACAGGCAUGUGGACCUCCUGCAAAUUGCUAAAGAAACAGAUGGAUUUUCAGGAAGUGAUUUGAAAGAAAUGUGUCGUGAUGCAGCACUCCUGUGCGUCAGGGAAUAUGUUAAUUCUACAUGUGAAGAAAGCAAUGAUGAAGAUGAAAUUCGGCCAGUGCAACAGCUGGAUCUGCACAGGGCAAUUGAGAAGAUGAGGAAGUCAAAAGAUGCAACACUUCAGAAUGUUUUGAUGCAUGUUAGUUUAGACUAAGACUAAACAGUGUGUUUGCAGUUUCUGAUGUGGCCUAGUUUGGUGACUUGCGCUGUAAUCAGUUAGUUAAAACGAGUGUGGGGGGAGGGAUAUUCUUUCAAUAAGGGAGUUAAAUGUUUCAUUUCCAGAGGGGUUUUAUACACUGAAUUCUAAAUUAUUGAAAUCUGGUAAUCUUACAGAAAUAGAUGUGGUCUACAGCUCAUGAAGUGGAACAAUAUAGUCCAGUCCAAGAGUGAAUGCUUGUGUUUUGUCCAAUUACCAAUAUGUUGUAGUGGCCUUAAAGUAGGUUCUAAGCUGAUGCAUGUUUUUGAGGGGAAGUGGAAAAUGAUUGAAUACCAGUUCAUGUAUAUAUGUAUGAACGUGUGUGUGUUUAUAUUAAGUGUAUAUAUCCACACAUUUUUUAUAUAUAGACAUAAUCUGUAGAUAAGUUGAAUAUGGAAAAUCUUUUUUUACUUAAUUACUGAAUGAAAUUAAAUCAGAAGAUGUAUAGAUUAAAAGACUCUAUUGUA